CAGGCUCGGGCUCUGGGCACUGCUCGGUUGCAGCUGGUAGAGUUCUCAGCCUUUGUGGAACCUCCGGAUGCAGCUGACUCUUACCAGAGGCACCUGUUUGUACAUAUCAGCCAGCACUGCCCCAGCCCCGGAGCGCCCCCCCUCGAGAGUGUGGACGUCCGGCAGAUCUAUGACAAAUUCCCUGAGAAAAAGGGUGGUCUGCGGGAGCUGUAUGAUCGUGGGCCCCCCCACGCCUUCUUCCUGGUCAAGUUCUGGGCGGACCUGAAUUGGGGCCCGAGUGGCGAGGAGGUGGGGGCCGGCGGUAGCAGUGGUGGCUUCUAUGGAGUGAGCAGCCAGUACGAGAGCCUGGAGCACAUGACCCUCACCUGUUCCUCCAAGGUCUGCUCCUUUGGCAAGCAGGUGGUGGAGAAGGUGGAGACGGAGCGUGCCCAGCUGGAGGACGGGAGGUUCGUGUACCGCCUACUGCGCUCACCCAUGUGUGAGUACCUGGUGAAUUUUCUGCACAAGCUGCGGCAGCUGCCCGAGCGCUAUAUGAUGAACAGUGUCCUGGAGAACUUCACCAUCCUCCAGGUGGUGACAAACAGAGACACCCAGGAACUGCUGCUCUGCACCGCCUAUGUCUUCGAGGUCUCCACCAGUGAGCGGGGGGCCCAGCACCACAUUUACCGCCUGGUCAGGGACUGAAGGGGAACCCCAGAAGUGGCUCACCCCCGGAAUACCCUUCUCCCAGGAAGGACCUCCAGCUUUCCUCACGUUUCUUACUUGGCAGGGGGGCGUGGGGGUGGGUGGGCUGCUCCCUCUUAGGACCUUAAAAGCUCAGUGGUGAGUUGAAUGGGCUGGGACUGAGGGGAAAGGAUGGAUCCUGAUAUUGGGACCUCACAGGGGUGUCUGAAAGGACAGAUCACUCCAGAGCAUUUGACACUGGGGACAGGAGUGAGACAACCGGUGGGACAGCACUGGUUUCUGUCUCUGACAGGCAUCCUCCCCCUUCUCUGUUUUGGAGGUCUUGGAGGGCCCCAGUUACACAUUGGCUUGUCCCUCUCUGUUUUUCAGCAACCCCCUUCUUCCCAAUCUGCCUCUCUUUACCAGCCCCAUCCCAGGACCCUGAUAUUGAAUUUUGAAGGUUAACCCUUUCUGUGCAGGAGUAGAGCCAGGUGGGCCCUGGAAAUAUUUUUUUUUUUUUAAUAUAACAAGAGAUAUUUAUAAGUGGGUGUUAGGGUCGUGACUUUUUCUCAGCUGGGCAAGCAGUGGGGUGAGGCUUUUAAAUCUCAUGUCCUCUUCUAAAUGGGCCGUGGGGCUAGACUGUGUUGCCUCCUUCUCCUCCCCUCCCCCCAAAGUGUGUUGGUUUGUGCUUUGACAGAGGAUAAAGCUAUUUUACC